AGACAACAGAGCCAUUUUGACCGCCCCGGAGCGAGGAGCGAGAGGAGACAAACAAACCGGCCGACCAGCGACCUUCCUCACCGGCAGGGCAGGGCGGGGCAGAGGAGGGCGGCUGGGCAGCACAUAGGACGAACCUCAACCUCGGCCCCUCAUGGAGAGCAGCGGCUGGUAGCGACGGCAGCAGCGGCGGAGGAGAGAACCUGGAGGAGACCGGCGGAGGUGGAGGCAGCUGCGGUGCUGGAGACUGAGAACAGACGGCGGCAGCACAACAGACGCGCUGCGGUUCACGGUAGCGGAGACCUGCAGGACUGACACCAGGGCUUUAAAGAAGGCACCCCGUGGGUGCUAGGAAGACAGCACCAUGUCAGGGGCCUCUGUGAAGGUGGCGGUGCGUGUCCGCCCUUUCAAUUCAAGGGAGAUCGGAAAGGACAGCAAAUGCAUCAUUCAGAUGACUGGAAACACCACCACCAUUGUCAACCCCAAGCAGCCCAAAGACAACAAGAGCUAUAACUUUGAUUACUCCUACUGGUCCCACACCGGGCCCGAGGAUGUCAAUUAUGCCUCUCAAGUGCAAGUGUACAGAGACAUUGGGGAGGAAAUGUUGCUACACGCCUUUGAGGGUUACAACGUCUGCAUCUUUGCGUACGGUCAGACGGGCUCUGGCAAGUCCUACACCAUGAUGGGGAAACAGGAUGUCCAGGAUCAGCAAGGAAUAAUUCCUUUGCUGUGUGAAGAUCUUUUCAAUAAAAUCAAUUACAAUACAGACAACAGCAUGUCCUACUCUGUGGAGGUGAGCUACAUGGAAAUCUACUGUGAGCGUGUGCGAGACCUACUGAACCCCAAAAACAAAGGGCACCUGCGUGUAAGAGAGCAUCCUCUGAUGGGACCCUACGUGGAGGACCUGUCCAAGCUAGCUGUCACCUCCUACAACGACAUCCAGGACCUGAUGGACUCUGGCAACAAAGCCAGGACUGUGGCAGCCACCAACAUGAACGAGACUAGCAGCCGCUCUCACGCCGUCUUUAACAUCAUCUUCACUCAGAAACGCCUCGAUGCUGAUACGGACAACACCACUGAGAAGGUCAGCAAAAUAAGUUUGGUGGAUUUGGCCGGCAGUGAGAGGGCAGAUUCUACUGGAGCCAAAGGGACGAGGCUGAAGGAAGGAGCAAAUAUCAACAAAUCUCUCACUACACUAGGAAAAGUCAUCUCUGCUUUGGCAGAAGUGGAUUCUGGGGGAAAUAAGAAUAAAAAGAAGAAAAAAGUCGAAAACCACAUCCCCUACAGAGAUUCAGUUUUAACCUGGCUGCUGAGAGAAAACUUAGGGGGUAAUUCUCGUACUGCGAUGGUUGCUGCUCUGAGUCCAGCUGACAUCAACUACGACGAGACGCUCAGCACGCUCAGGUACGCAGACCGGGCCAAACAGAUUCGCUGCAACGCCGUCAUCAAUGAGGAUCCCAGCAACAGAUUGGUGCGCGAGCUGAAGGAGGAGGUGUCUCGUCUGAAAGAUCUCCUGCUUUCCCAGGGCCUGGGUGACAUCAUUGAUAUGACCAAUGCCAUGACGGGGAUGAGUCCCUCUCCGUCUCUCUCAGCCUUGUCCAGCCGUGCUGCAUCCAUUGCCAGUCUGCACGACCGCAUCAUGUUCAGCCCAGGCAGCGAGGAGGCCAUCGAGAGGCUGAAGGAAACCGAGAAAAUCAUUGCUGAACUCAAUGAAACUUGGGAGGAGAAACUUCGCCGAACUGAGGCCAUCAGAAUGGAAAGAGAAGCCUUGUUGGCAGAAAUGGGUGUGGCAAUGCGAGAAGAUGGUGGAACGGUCGGUGUGUUCUCACCUAAGAAGACCCCUCAUUUGGUGAACCUCAAUGAGGAUCCGCUGAUGUCUGAGUGCCUGCUUUACUACAUCAAAGACGGGAUCACCAGGGUUGGGCGUUUAGACGCCAGCAGUCGUCAGGAUAUCGUCCUCAGUGGCCACUUCAUCAAGGACGAGCACUGCACCUUCACCAGUUCUGCUGGUCCAACGGGAGAAAUGGUUGUCCUCGAGCCCUGUGAAGGAGCUGAGACGUAUGUCAAUGGAAAGAGAGUGACCGAGCCAACUGUCCUCAUAUCAGGAAAUCGCGUCAUCCUCGGGAAGAGCCAUGUAUUUCGGUUCAACCACCCAGUGCAUGCUCGGGCUGAGAGGGAGAGGACUCCUUGUGCUGAAACACCUGCUGAGCCUGUGGACUGGGCCUUUGCCCAGAGGGAGCUGCUGGACAAACAGGGCAUUGACAUGAAACAGGAGAUGGAACAGAGGCUGCAUGAGUUGGAGGACCAGUAUCGUAAAGAAAGAGAGGAGACCAACAACCUUCUGGAACAGCAAAGACUGGAUUAUGAGAGCAAGUUGGAAGCUCUUCAGAAGCAAGUGGACCGUUAUUACCCUGAACCUACUGCAGAAGAGGAGGAGCUAGAGGAAGAAGUGCAAUGGACGGAGAGGGAGAGAGAGAGAGCUGUGUGGAGCUUUCGUAAGUGGAGGUGCUACCAGUUCACCUCCCUGCGUGACCUGCUAUGGGGAAAUGCUAUCUUCCUUAAGGAGGCCAAUGCCAUCAGUGUGGAACUCAAGAAGAAGGUCCAGUUCCAGUUUGUGCUGUUGACAGACACUCUCUACUCCCCCCUGCCUCCUGACCUGUUGUCCCCAGAGGCAACUAAAUUAAGAGAGAAGCAACAAUUCCCACGCACCAUUGUGGCCGUGGAGGUGCAGGAUCAGAAGAAUGGAGCCACCCACUAUUGGACUCUAGAAAAACUAAGGCAGAGGCUCGAUCUCAUGAGGGAGAUGUACGACCGUGCUGCUGAUGUGCCCAACACCACUGAGGACUGUGAAAAUGUGAUGACUGGAGGCGACCCCUUUUAUGACCGCUUCCCCUGGUUCCGUCUGGUCGGCAGAAACCCUAUUUUCAAGACGUGCAUGAGCAAGCGCAUGAGUGACCCUACCCCAUCCCCGACCCUCUCCACCUCUGAAAUUACUGAGCUGGCUGACUCGCAGCGGGAGGGUCGAGGGGAGGAGGAGUUGGAGGAGUUGGAGGACCUGGACGAUGAUAUCUUUUUGGACGACCCAUGCUUGGAGCUUGGGGGAGAGGAUGAUGAUGAUGAUGAUGAUGAUGAUGAUGAUGGUGAUGAUGAUGAGGAUGAUGAUGAUGAUGAGGAUGAGGGAGAGCUCUGCCGAGGCUCCAGCGAAGGCCAGGAUCCCUUUUACGACCGCUCACCAUUAUUCAGUGUAGUGGGAAGGGCAUUUGUCUAUCUAAGUAACCUGCUGUACCCGGUUCCACUCGUGCACCGCGUGGCCAUCGUUAGUGAGAAGGGAGAGGUAAAGGGCUUCCUCCGGGUGGCAGUGCAGGCCAUAUCAGCGGAUGAGGAAGCUCCCGAUUACGGCUCCGGAGUGAGGCAGUCAGGCACUGCUAAAAUCUCAUUCGAGGAUCAGCAAUAUGAAAAGUUCCAGUCAGAAUCUUGCUCUGUCGGGCUGUCCCAUUCGGGGAUUUCACAGGAGGAGCUCCGUAUUGUGGAGGGUGAGGGACAGAGCUCAGAAAUGGGACCUUCAGCUGAUGAGGUCAACAAUAACACAUCUGGAGGAGAGGAGCCGGAGAAUCCUCUGAAGGCCACUGUGGAUGGACCACUAGAUGCUCUGGAGCAUCUCAGGAUUGGUAACAUUUUUACCUUCAGGGUGACCGUCUUGCAAGCGUCUAGCAUCUCAGCAGAAUAUGCUGACAUCUUCUGCCAGUUCAAUUUCAUCCACCGCCACGAUGAGGCCUUCUCUACUGAACCCCUGAAAAACACAGGCCGCGGCCCUCCUCUGGGCUUCUACCAUGUGCAGAAUAUUGCUGUUGAAGUUACUAAAUCAUUUGUUGACUACAUCAAAACUCAGCCAAUUGUGUUUGAGGUGUUUGGACACUACCAGAAACAGCCUUUCCUUCCUCUCUGUAAAGACGUCAUCAGUCCAUUACGUCCCUGCAGAAGGCAGUUUCCACGAGUGAUGCCUCUGUCCAAACCAGUACCUGCAACCAAACUGACAACCAUGACCCGCCCACAGGCAGGACCCUGCCACUCUAAAUAUGAUCUCAUGGUUUUCUUCGAGAUCUGUGAGUUGGAAGCCAAUGGAGACUACAUCCCCGCAGUGGUUGACCACAGAGGAGGAAUGCCUUGCCAUGGCACGUUCCUACUUCACCAGGGCCUCCAGAGGAGAAUCACUGUUACUAUUGUACAUGAAUCAGGAGGUGACAUGGAUUGGAAAGACAUCCGUGAGCUUGUUGUUGGACGUCUCCGCAGCACCCCUGAAGCUGAUGAAACCAUCAUUGACCCCAAUAUUCUCUCCCUCAACAUCUUGUCUACGGGGUAUGUCAGACCCAUGCAUGACGACAGACAGUUUCUUGAUUCGGACAUGCCUAGGACCUUCUAUCGCUUUGAAGCAGCUUGGGAUAGCUCCAUGCACAACUCUCUGCUGCUAAACAGAGUCACUCCAUAUGGGGAGAAGAUCUACAUGACCCUCUCAGCCUAUCUGGAGAUGGAGAACUGCACCCAGCCCGCAGUCAUAACCAAAGAUAUCUGCAUGGUGUUUUACUCCAGAGACACAAAGCUCUCAGCCUCCCGCUCCAUCCGCAAUCUUUUCGGUACUGGAAGCCUGAGAGCAGCUGAUGGAAACCGAGUUACGGGAGUAUACGAGGUUAGCCUAUGUAACCUAGCAGAUGCAGGAAGCCCAGGUAUGCAGAGGAGACGCAGGCGGGUGCUGGACACCUCAGUGGCCUACGUCCGUGGGGAGGAGAACUUGGCUGGUUGGAGGCCUCGCAGUGACAGCCUCAUUCUGGACCACCAGUGGGAGCUGGAGAAACUCAGCCUCCUUCAAGAUGUGGAGAGGACCAAACAUUACCUGUUGUUGAGAGAGAAACUGGAGUCCACCAUGCUCAUUGGUCAGGAGUCCCUGCAGAUCUGUGUCACUGAGGAGCUGAGCGAGGUUCCUCCGACCCCCGAGGUGGAUCCAGAGGUCAGCUCCAGCUCUGACUUCGCCACGGAGAGGGAGAGGGAGCUCGCCGCCAAGUGUUUGCGGCUGCUCACACACUCCUUCAACAGAGAGUACGGCCAUGUGUGUGUCAGUGCCAGUGAAAGCAAGAUCUCAGAGAUGUCGGUCACAAUACUCAGAGACUCCACUUCAAUCUCUGCUCUCAACACGAUCACACCCUCCUCAACGUGCCCUUCACUGGUGGAGGGUUGCUAUGGCACCACUGAACUCAGACCCCCCAUGCCUCGCUCUCGUGCGGUCAGCCCCGGUCCUGACAGACAGCAGGAUCCAGAGGCCAAGAAGUCCAGCAAUGGAGUCCCUGAAGCAAAGCUCCGCAUUCGCAGAUUUGUCCCUGACAUCCAGGAGAUUAGAGUCAGCCCCAUCGUGUCAAAGAAGGGUUACAUACAUUUCUUGGAGCCACACACCAACGGAUGGGUGAAGCGUUUUGUGGUGGUGCGGCGGCCGUACGUUUACAUCUACAACACAGAGAGAGACGCGGUGGAGCGGGCUAUUCUCAAUCUCUCAUCUGCUCAGGUGGAGUACAGUGAGGACCAGCAGGCGAUGCUGAAGACUCCAAACACAUUUGCUGUGUGCACAGAACAUCGUGGAAUAUUACUUCAAGCGACAAAUGACAAAGAGAUGCAUGACUGGCUGUACGCAUUUAAUCCUCUCCUUGCAGGAACUAUCAGGUCAAAGCUGUCGAGACGACGAGCCGGACAGAUGAGGAUGUGAAACAACACCCUGAACAAAUAUCAUGAGCGAAGGUUGAUCGCAAAGACUUACAUGUAAAUAGAUCCGUGUCCUGAUCGCCUCUCCCCUGUGCUAAGCCCCACCACCACCAUCACCACCACAGACAACCAUCUUCCCCCUGUGCGUUCUCAGUUUAUCACUAGUGUCCUCUGCACCUAAAGCGUCCAUUUUCGUGUCAGGCCUUUUGCUGCAGUGUGAGUCCUGUAGUCUGGAGAACCUCUUCAAAAAGCUGUCACUAUACUGUACUGGAGUUUGUUCAGAGAGGGAUGAAUGAAGAAAACGGAGGAAGUAGCAACAGGUUUCUUAUCUCAGAUUACAUAUAUAUGGUAAUGUACUGUGGUUGUUGUCAGUGACACAUCAAGCCUUAUACAUUUAUUCCUUAAGAAAAUGCAGUGACAUUUAUCUCAUCUGCAGCCGCUGCGGCAGUGAGGAUCACACUGCUACAUUUGCAGUAAAUAGGCAAACAUGCAGAUUCCUCUCUACUCUACUGCUAUAUAUACAGUGUCUAAAACAGGUUUGCAUACAACAUACAGCAAGGAAAUGCACAAAAAAAAUAGAAAAAAAAGACAGUUGACUGCAGCUCUUCUGAAUAUUUCUCUCUUCUUUCUGGUCUGUGAAUCCGGACUUUGAGUCGUCUGCCUCGUGUUGCCGAAAACCGCAUAGCAACUUUAGCACACACAGCCUGGCGGGGGAAACGUCACAUCAUCAUAAACUUCAUGUUCGUGUGGCAUUUUGAUAAGUCCGUGUCAUUUUAGCUACUUGUAGGAGCACUGUGGGUAUCUACAUUCACAUGUUAAGUAAUCAGAUAUCAUCUCAUUAAUCCUCCAAACUUAAACUCAUUCUCUACCUUGAUUUUUUAUUUGUUUUUAAAUGUGAUAUAUUUAGAUAUUUAACAGCUUAACUAUUUAUUUCUGCAUGUAUUUAUUGACAAAGACAUUUAUAUUUCUAAAGUAGUAGUACCGUGCAAUUUCUGCACACUGCACUUUUUAAUAUAAGUUCCUUCAAUGUUUGAAUAACUCAACCCUGUCCCACGUGCAAUUAAUAACAAUUCCGUAGCUUUAUGAUUGGCCAGUUUCUUUACCUGAUUGAAUAAUGAUAACGUCCCCUCUAAGAUUCGGAUAGACACAACAACUAACACACAUCUGACCAGAUCAAUACAUCAGGUAAGGGAUAUUAAGGUGGUCCAUUCAAUAGUGCACAAAGCUACCUUGUUAAAUGAUCAAAAGUAUAAUGUGUUCCUCACAGCAAGAAAUAAGAAACAGUUUGAAUGAAAUGUACAGUAUAUUGAUUAAAUGUAGUGCCUCUCUUAUCAUCAUACUGUAUGGGCGUACUGUACGGUAUGCCUCCGCAACAGUUGCUUUGAAACUACAUCCUUCAUGCUGCUAUAAUACUGUUCUGGAAGUGUCUGCAGAUAAUAACAUCACAUUUCUGCAUCGUCAUCAUCAUCGCGUCGUACAUAUUCCGACAAAUCAUCUCACGUACUGCAAUGUUAGAUUUCAAAUAUGGCAAUCAGAUGCUAUGUGAUACAGAAUGUUCCAUAACACACAGUAUACUUCAUUCUAAUCUAUGCUAUAACAUUAUAUGGAUUGUCAAAGAACAUAUGUUGUAAUUUGUCCAACAAUCAAUGCUGCAUCGACCCUCUUUCCUUUUUCAACUCUGUCAGUUUGAAGGGUGAGCGUGCCUCAGGUCAGCCAGCCUCGAGAGCAUGUUCCAUAAUGUACAGAAAAUAAAGUGUCACUUACAUAUGCAGGCAGCAUCUCAAAGCAUUGAACCGUAUUAUUUCUCUGUAUCUCAUAUCAAAGUACAUUGAAGUGUGGCAGUAAGCUCUGACACCACCUCCCCAUGUUUGUAUCAGUGAUUUCAAUAUAAAAGUCUAAUGUAAAUUUCUCAGAUUGGAAAGUAUUCUGUGUGUUGUGGACAUGUUUUAAAGUUAUCCAAUCAAACCCUACGUGUGUACUACUGUCAGUCUUUAUAACUUGAUCUAACAGUCUAGAUGUUCAUAUCGUUUUUUAUUUGUUUUGGUGAUCAAUGUUGCGAUCACAAACGUUCUUGGCAGAGAGUGCAGUCCUACUUUAUCCAGCUUUACUUGUCAUCACACAUGCCUGCUGCACCGUGCAUCAUCACUGUCUCAUGCACUCGUCUCUGUCUUAUAUCCUUUAUAACCCAAUCUGAAAAUGUCAGCUCCACUCUGAUCUUAAUGUUGAGAUCAUUCCUCUCGUUUUCAUCGCGCCUUUUUAAUGUGUAUCACAUUCGAGCCAACCAAAGCUUUGUUGGCACAGUCACAAACAAAAUCACACUGAAUGUACGUCAAUAUAUAAAAACAAAUGCUUAUUUUGCUGGAGUGGUUGUGUUGACUUGUGAUUCACAGUCGGGUUCCCUAUUGAUUGUAAGUGGGUGAUUAUCAGGGAACGAAACGGGGCAUAUCUGAUAUAUUGUAUCCACUGAUGUGUGGGAGGAUGUAAUUGGUCGAUCAUUGCCCUGUAGGGCUUCUUGUACAGAGUAAUGCUGUAGGUUUCCUUCCUGUCAGUCUUUCACUCUUCUACCAUCAACGUCAUGCUCCGACAGCCUUCACAACAUCUACUUUUUCUAAUCCCUCCCUUUUGAAGGAAUAUCAUUUCAAAUGUAUGUGCUUCCACUUCUGAUUUUGUUUUUCUCUCGCACUAUCAAAUGAUUUUGCAUUGUACAUAAACAUGAUUGCUGUGAACAUUGUAUUAUAAAGUUGCACCCAUUUACAAAACCUUAAAUGGGCAGUAGUUCAGUCAGUGUCUCUGAGUGUUGGAGUUUAGCGUCAAAUGUUUGUGUACACUAAACACAUUGUCAUAUAUCAAAUAAACAUGGAAAUUAUGCAACACAAA